GAUGCGGCGCACCUCGCUGCGGCAUCUCCCGGCUCUGGCACUCUUCAUCCGGUCGAAUCUCUGGAAUCGAAAUUACCAACGUUUCACAUCCCGCAGAUGCACCUACAAUCCGUCCUACUGCGAGACCGACAUCUCCCUUCCUUCGACCUGGUCCGCAACCCUUGCGCUUCUGGGGAGCAGGAGAGGGAGUCAGACAGCCUUCCUGAUUAGCUCGCGACGGCGGCUAAGUGUCGAGCAGCGCAAGAAGAUGAAGGAAGAACGCGAGGAGGAGGUGUGGGAUAGCACAUCUGAUGGCGUGAUCUCCAGGCUACCACCUCGUAGAGGAUUCCGAGGACGGCACGGUCGAUAGCACAGUUGAUGGCACGACCGUCAAGCUGCGACCUUACCAAAUUGAAUCUGCUCGAUGAUGGCGGAACCCGACCGAGACGACACAUCUCCAGAAGAAUCGAAAGACAUCCGAGAAUCUGUUUCGCCGAAGACUGGAAAUUUGAGACCCGACCAAGACGUGACACAUCAGGAAGGGAGAGAAGCAGGCUGUUGAGAUAUACAUUGCAAGC